CAGCGGAAUCCAAAGCCACGAGUGAACUAGAUUUGAGGAGAGAUGUUGAGGUCCGCUUUCCCAAACUGCCCCUUUUAUCUGGUUCAAUUUCCAACAACACACUCUUAUUAUUACUAUUAUUAUUAUUAUGGAUGUACUUAGCUAGCAAAGCAUAUGCUGUGUUGUUGUUGUUGUUCUCCUCCAUGCUAUAGGACAGGGUGGUAGCCUAGACUGAGGAAAAGGGUAAAAAAGAGUAUUUUUAGAGAGAGAAACAGUGUGUUUGUGAGUGAGUGAGUGAGGAGUUUGCACGGAUUUCUAGACAGAGAAGGAGAAGGUAUGGGCAAACCAACUGCAUCGUGCUUCAAGAUCAUCGCCUGUGGCAGCGAUUCCGUCGACCACGACGAUCUCCAAACUUCGGAAAGCAAGGGCUCUAGUGAUCGGCGUGGAUGGAGUUUCCGGAAGAGGUCUGCGAGACAUCGAGUAUUGAGUAACAGUGUCAUUUCAGAAGCACCUUCAUCUGCAAACAAGGAAAACCCAGAUUCUACUGCUGUUGACUUCCAUGUGCAGCCUGACUUGACUGCUCCAGAGAAGACCCCGGCAGUUCAGUUGGUUGAAGAGAAGACCGAGUUGUCUACCCAACUGAGCUCAAAGUUGUCAGAUACCAUACCUGACAAAGAGGAUGACUGUGGAGCAUAUGCAACUGUUGAUGAGUCCAGUGUUAUCAUAAUUCAGGCGGCCAUUAGGGGGUUGUUGGCUCAGCGGGUGUUAUUGAGGCAGAAGAACGUGAUCAAAUUACAAGCUGCUGUACGUGGACAUUUGGUUCGAAGCUAUGCUGUUGGAACUCUGCGGUGUGUCCAAGCCAUUGUCAAAAUGCAAGCUCUUGUUCGAGCACGCCGUGCCCGUCUGCUUGGGGAAGGGUCAGGCGAUCUUGUGAAGCAGAGUGAGACCAUUGGAAAGGAUAAUAAUGAUUUGAUAACCCCCUUGAGUAAGAAAGAAGCCAAGACAAAUGGCACAUACGCUUACAUUUCCAUCGAAAAGCUACUUGGCAAUGCUUUUGCUCGUCAGCUCAUGGAAUCAACACCGAGGAGCAAACCUAUCAAUAUCAAGUGUGACCCCUUAAGAUCCGACUCAGCCUGGAAAUGGCUUGAAAGAUGGAUGUCAGUUUCAUCUGUAAGCAAUGAAGAGCCACAAGGCUCUGGAUCAGCUAUUGAGCAGCAUAAUGAAAAUAUUGGACAUUCUGAUGCCAAAGAGGAGAUUUUAGCUCCAUCUGAUUGUUAUACUGAGUCAACAGACUUCAAAUUUGGUGUGGGUGAGUCAGCCGAAGCAUCCCAGGAUGAUGACAGUUUGAUCAAUCAUGACGCAAACAACUUAGACCUUGAUUCAUGCAAAUCCAUAUCACCUUCAUCCAGUCAUUCUAAGCUGCACAACAUCGAUCAAUCAAAUGAAAAAUUAGAUGAAACAGAAUCUGUUCUAGUUGAGAUCGAAGAUACAGAUUUGAUUGAGAAGGUGGAAGUGGAAUCUCUUUCCGAAAAGGAGGAAACAGGAAGUGAACGAGAUUUACCUGAUAUGAAAAAGAAUUCCACCGAACAACCUGAUACUGAGGCAAAAAAGUUCUCAAGAAAGGCAAGUAAUCCUGCUUUCAUUGCUGCACAAUCAAAAUUUGAAGAACUGAGUUCAGCUGGCGCUCCUGCAAAAUUAAGCAUUUCAUCCAGUCAUGAUCCUGGAGUUGAAUCUAGUUUGGAAAACGUUUCAUCUUCUAAUGAUCAACCAUUGAGGUCUAUAGAUAUCGGAUUAGCUGACAAUGCCAUUUCCAAUGCUUCAGCAAUUCAGAUUGGUGGUUCUGAAUGUGGGACGGAACUUUCCAUUUCUUCUACCCUCGAUUCACCAGAUAGGUCAGAGGCUGGGGUCAAUGACAUUGAACAGGAAACAAAAGUUCCAGAUGAGACUGACCAUCAUAGAAGUGGAGACAAUUUAGAAGUUGAAGCUGAUGGGAAGUCCAUCACACUGGAAACUGAUCCAUCAUAUACUACCACCAAUGAGUUGGAGAGAAAUGAAAGUAUUGCCUCCGCUGCUGCUGAAUCUCUUUCUACCAUUGCUGCAGACCCACAUCAGCUAGAGAACAAGCCAGAAACAGAUCCAAGGGACCUGCAGUUGGAGUUGGAAUCUGAAGCAAGCCACAUGGUAAACAAGUCAUCACCUGAAGCCUCUCCUAGAAGCCAUAUAACUGUCCCUGAAUCUCAAGCAACACCUUCUAGCCAAGCGUCUGUCAAACCCAAGAAAAACAAAGGUGCUAAAAGUGACACCAAUCGCAAGAAUAGGCCUUCAUCAGUUGAUAAAAAAACCCUUUCGAGUCGUAAUCAAGAUUCUGCCUCAAGAAGUAGCUUGGAGCAGUUACAGGAGCACAAAAGUGGAAAGAGGAGGAACUCCUUUGGUUCAGCAAAACCUGAUCAGAGGGAGCAGGAACCAAGAGAUAGCAGUAGCAGUAAUUCUCUACCAAGUUACAUGCAAGCGACUGAAUCUGCUAGAGCCAAAGCUAUUGCAAAUGGCUCUCCUAGAUCUAGUCCAGAUGUGCAUGAAAAGGAUGUCUAUUUAAAAAAGAGACAUUCCCUACCUGGUACAAAUGAAAGGCAAGGAUCCCCUCGUAUUCAGCGCUCUCUGUCUCAGGCACAGCCAAAUGCAGCAAAGGGAAAUGGAACCCAUUCUCCUCAAGAACGGAAGUGGCGGCGGUAAACACAAAUCUUGCGGCUCACAGCUAAAUGAUAUUUGACUGUCCUAAAUUCUGCGUUUCGGCUGCUUUCAGAAGUAUGUUGCUUUGUUUGGAUGCGGAAACUGAAGAAGCUAUCGGUAUGGUAUUAUUUCUGCUGGAGAGAUGUAGAGACAUUGAGAUUGCAUGUAAAUUACCAUCAUAUUAUUAUUAUUAUUAUUUCUUCUUACUUUUUCCCCUUUUUCUUCUUCUUUCAAUCUAUCUGAAUGAACUUGUUUCUGUUGAAAAGAGUUUGAUUGUAUGUCAACUUGUAUUUGGCUGCCAAUGUUAUUUGAUUUUGGAUGUGUGUCUCA